UACUGAAAUUACUUUGAUCAGUCUGCUGCCUAAUACGGAAUAUUUGGUGAAAAUACAAGCAGUUUCUUACUGGAGACAGAAAAGAAUGAAGAGUCUGCAAUCACAGAUCAUUUUCAGUACUGCACAGCAAGAUUUAGAAUCAGCAAGCCAGAAAUCCCCUGCGGAUGCGUGUAAUGACAUAGCCAAAUCAUACAGACCUAGCUGCAAGAGCACUCUGCGUGCAUAUUCUUUUUACCACAAUAAUCAGAUACAAAUAAAACUGUCCUGGAAGGCAAUGUCAGAUAACUAUGUGGAGCCAUACACUUACGUAAUAAAGUGGAAACCAAUUGUGUGCGACAGUAAUGAAACUUUCUCUGAGGGAAAGGCAGUUGUUAAGGGUUCAAACUUCAUUAUCACUGGGCUCCAGUUUGCAUGCAAGUAUAAAGUAACUGUGCGGCCAUUCACCCUUCAGGGACCACUGGUUGAAGAGGUGACAUUUGUAAAGACGCCCAAGUGCAACAACAUGAAAGUUAAAAGCCUGAAACAUGGACGUUGUUCUAGACAGGGGCGCCACCGUCUGUCCAGAAACGUGAUGCACACACCAGACAGGUUAAGUGCAGCCUUCUACAGAGUAAAUGGAAGAAUUGAAGGCAAAUUUCACUGGCAAUUUUUGCAAAGUGAACAAUCACACACUAUUACAGCCUUUCUGUUCCGUUGGGCUGAGAUAUCAGACACUGCUCAAGUUUACAAUACACGGACACUCCCGCCUGAUAACACCUUUACAUAUAUUGAGGAUCUCAAACCAUCUACAUCCUACCACAUUGCAGUCCAAGUAAUCUCCAGGAACCAAAAUAUAUCCUCUGCAGAGAAAACGGUCCUCACACCUGGAGUAAAGGAAACAUUACGGAUUUCUAUCAAAGCUGCUGAAAAAUAAGCAGUUACAUUAAUAAAUUGCUUAGAAAAUGAAUUUUAGAAGAUCUUCACGUCCUUCUGCCAAGAAAGAAAAAUAAUUCAAAGAUCCUGCCAUCUUGGAAUUUAAUAAUAAGAUUGAAGGACAGAUGUACUAAGCCUUAGUGAGUGAUAAAGUGAAGAGAGAUAAACUACCAAUCAAUCAGCUCCUAUAAUUUUAAACACAGACUGUAACAUGGCAUUUAGGAACUGAAUGGUUGGUACUUUUAUCUCGCUCCAAGGUUUAGUAUCUGCCCCUGAGUCUUAAAGGAGUGCCACACUAAAGGAACCACUCACUUGUUGCCCUAUUUUGACCAGUCUCUAUGUAUUCACUAAACCAUUCCAUCUCACAUGUGCCACAUAAUUUGUGAAUUGGAACAGAUUUCAGUUAGUCAGAAAGAACAUCCUCAGUUUCCCUAAUAGUUCAGUUACAGUAGUUAGUAGUAAUUAUUGUAAUUUCACAUUUCUUAAGAAAGCACUCUGUCAACUUACUGAAUUUAAGAAUCUACUAUUGUUAGUGUUAUUUUAAUGUUAUUUCCAUUUCACACAAGGCAAAU